AUGAACAAUUAUUUACUAUCUCAAUUAAUCGAAGAUUCAACAGAAUCAAGUAGCGAUAGUGAUUCAUCUCAUGAUGAUUUACAAAUUAUAAAUAUUAUUUUUCGAAGAUAUUUACAUAAUAGAUUACUUACUUCUCCAUUUCGAAUGAAUAUGCCAACUUUUUGGAAAAUUAUAGAUAUGAUUAAGAAUAAUUCAGUUUUUAAUAGUCGUCAACGGCCAAUUGAAUUACAACUUUCUGUUGUUUUAUUUUUGUUAGGUAGAAAAUCUACUAUCUGUGAUGUUGCAACAAGAUUUGAUAUUUCAGAAGGAUCAGUUGUUAAAUAUUCAGAACGAAUUAUUAUUGCUAUUCAAUCUUUACGAACACAAUAUGUUGUUUGGCCACAAAAUGAUUAUAGAACACAAAUUGGAUGGCCAGCAUCUGUACAUGAUGCUAAAGUUUUUUCAAACUCAUCACUAUAUAUUCAACGAAAUAGUUUAUUUCAAGAUGAUAACUAUAUUCUCGCUGAUUCUUCUUAUCCUAUUUCAAAAUGGUGUAUUCCAUCAUUUAAGUCACCUACUCAACAACAAAUUCGAUUUAACAAAAAACAUAGUAAGACACGUGUUAUAGUAGAACAGGCAUUUGAAAUAGCACUAAUUCUUCAUAACAUAGUAGAAAGAAAUAAUGAUAUUUGGACAUUACCUCCAAGAACACGAUCAGAAUCAAGAGAUGUAAUAAGAUUUGCAAAUAGUCAGAAUCGUAGAUGUCAAAUAGGGUAUGAUAAAAAGGCAAAAGUUAAUGGAUUUUGUUCUUUAAAUUUGCUACGCAAUUUCGCUCAGUAA